AUGCCGUAUGUUUCUGCUGCUGGUAACCCAGGACUGACGGGCGUGGAGGUCUCCAUGACAACCAGAUCACAUGCCAAGGAACUUUGCCUCUCCAUGGUCACAGUGUCCGUGGCAGUUCUAGGCUUGGUGCUCCUCGCCAGAAUCGCCGGUGGAAGCCUGUCGCACGUGGGCAUUCCGAACUUAGACAGCAAUGCGUCGACGGGAAUCCUCUUGGGACGUGGUGCUAAUGAAACAGUUUAUGUCCACACGACAACACCCGUUAUGCUGGCGCCGCCGCCCGUGGUUUGCAAUCUGUCGCGCUGCCUUGAAGACGGGACCAAUAUAGCUGGUUUACUGUCCUGGGACAGUGACCCAUGCGUCGAUUUUUACGACUUUGCAUGCUCCAGGUGGAUGCAGGCGCGGGCGGCUUCGGCUUCUGUCGUAGGCGGCGCUUCGGCCUCCGUUGUUGAGGACAUGGAGCGAGACGUGGAACAAAGAGUGCCACGACUUCUGGCCGCCGUGCGUGCUCCGGAAUUUGCGCCCCUGCGACGCUUGCACGACACGUGCAACGACGUCAACGCCAUAAACGCAGCCGGCUGGGCGCCGCUGGCAGAACUCCUGCGCAUUUGCGGCUUGCCACACUGGCCCUACGAACAACCGGCCACGAUCUCUCCGUGGAAAGCAGCGGCAAGAGCACUCCAGUAUACCGGCGCGGAGGCAUUUAUGUCCUUGGAGGUAGCGCCGCACCCUCUUCGCAUUAACCGUACCAUUUCUGCAUUGGACAGGCCUCUACUUGUUCUCCGUCCUUCUGACUUGGCUGAGCAGGACGUUCACUGGCUGGAAGACACCGCGGAUACGGUCAUGACGGCGUUCCGCGAGCGACCCCGCCACCUCGCGCGCGAGUCCGUCGCCAUGGCCAUUCAGAUAGCGAGACUCACCUACUCGCGCGACGCCCUGUCCGACGUGCGGCUGUAUCGCGUCGUCCACCUGGGUCCGUUCCCGCAGCUGUUGGAGUUCUUGUCAACGCUGUUCGCGAACCUCUCGUCGGUUCACGCGUCUUCGGAGGUGCUGUUGCGCGCGGAGGGUUUUCUGCGUGACCUGUUGGACCUGGCCGACGAGCACAAGAACCGGGCCCUGCUCAACUACGUCGGCCUCCAAGUUGCCGUGCACAGCUCGGCUUUCCUGCCGGACGCCGGCGGACUCCAGGCCGUUCACGGCCGGGUACUGUUCCCCCACGAGCCGCCCGGAGGCUACGUCCCGCGGGAGCGGCUCUGCGCCCGGCAAGUGGCGAGCACCAUGCCGUUCCUGUUCUUCUACGCCGUGCGGGUGCUGUUUGGCGGUGAAGCGACGGUGCGCGCCCUGACCGCGGCGCUCGAGACGCUGCGCCGUCACCUGGCCGAGCACCUUUCGAAGCUGGCGCUGACGGACUACGCCACCCGAGUGCAGCUGGUGAGCAUAGUGAAGGCGACGCGCUUUCACGUGCUGGGCCCUCCCGUGGUCACCAACGAGUCGCACGUCCUGGCCCACGCGCGCGCCCUCCCGACCGCUGGCGACGACGAGCCGCUGCUGUGGUUCGCACGCAUCACCGCCCACGUGACGCAGCUGCGCCACAUGCGGCUGUCCCGCUAUGUGUGGCGCGGGGGUGCCUUCGACCGCGACUGCAGCUCGGACCUGCAGGCGAACGCCGUGUUCGUGCCGCCGCUCUUCCUCAACGCUAGCGCCACGCUUGACCGCAGCCUACUCGCGCUCCAGGCGCCCCACCUGGGCGCGCGCUUCGCUCGCUGCCUGCUUCUGAUGCUCCUGGCGGGCGUCUCCAACCGCGGAAACCGGGAGCUCGUCACGCGCGGCUGGUGGUCGGACACGUCCAAGUCGGCGUUGGGCGCCCUGCGCCGAUGCCUCGCGCGCCCCGCAGGACCCGACGACGAACACGACGGCGAAGGGUCGACGGCGGAGAAGGCGCCGCUGUCGCGCGUGGCCGAAGCGCUUGCCGUGCCGCCGGCGCUGGACGCGUUCACCGAAGGUGUGCUGGUGCUGGCGGGACAGGGCCGCACCUUGCGACUUCCUCGCGUCGAAGACCUGACGCCAGCGCAGCUCUUUUUCGACUACUACGCGCUAUCCCGCUGCCGGCGAGGGCAGCAUCACUGGCGCGGCGGAGGCGCUGCGGCCGAUGAGGUUAACGGGGCACUUCGCCAAAGCGCUGCCUUCCACGAGGCUUUCGAGUGCGCGCGUGGACGCCCCAUGAACCGCGUCGCUCCGUGCGACCUGUGGGCUUGA